AUGCCGUUUUUAAGGCCCUGUCCCAAUAAUAGAUGUAUUUGUGGAACACAUUUAAAAUGCAUAUCAUCUCUUGCUGUACAAUCCUCUUUAUUUUUGACAUGUCGUGUACAGACAAAUGAAAAUGACAGAUACAAUGACUGGAAAAUCACCUUCAAUCCACCAGAAGUGACCGCCGUUUCAGGAUUAUGCGCUCUCAUUUCAUGUACCUUCAUUCACCCAGACAAAGAUCAACCUCAAAUUGAUCAGGAAAAUGUGUGUAAUAAUCCAACUGAAUGUAAGAAUGAAACUGAGAUACAAAUCGAAGGAAAACAGCUAUUUGAAACAGAACAGAUUAAGUUGCUUGAACCUGAUCUGUCCAAAAACAACUGCAGCAGAAUCAUCAAAGAAAUAAAAGAAGAUGAAAGAGAAAUUGUUUUCAAAAUUGUGCGGAAUAAAAAAACUUUAUCUAAAGCCAGUGUCAAAAUCAUCAUUCAAGACGAGCCUAUAAUGAAGAUUCCUCCUCUCAGAGAGGGAGAGAAGGCCGAUCUGACAUGUUCAGCUCCUUUUCCUUGUCCUGAAACUUCUCCUAAUAUAACAUGGUGGAUCAGGAAAAGAGGGGGAAACAGCACUUAUCUAAAGGACAACAUCAUUCUGAGCACCUCCGAAAGCCUUUACCUCUCAACUUUGACUCUAACUCCAACCUGUGACGAUCACAAUGCCACUAUAGGAUGUAAAGUGAGCUACGGAAGCAAAAAUCAUCAGUACAAAUAUUUGUGGAACACAUUUAAAAUGCAUAUCAUCUCUUGCUGUACAAUCCUCUUUAUUUUGACAUGUCGUGUACAGACAAAUGAAAAUGACAGAUACAAUGACUGGAAAAUCACCUUCAAUCCACCAGAAGUGACCGCCGUUUCAGGAUUAUGCGCUCUCAUUUCAUGUACCUUCAUUCACCCAGACAAAGAUCAACCUCAAAUUGAUCAGGAAAAUGUGUGUAAUAAUCCAACUGAAUGUAAGAAUGAAACUGAGAUUCAAAUCGAAGGAAAACAGCCAUUUGAAACAGAACAGAUUAAGUUGCUUGAACCUGAUCUGACCAAAAACAGCUGCAGCAGAAUCAUCAAAGAAAUAAAAGAAGAUGAAAGAGAAAUUGUUUUCAAAAUUGUGCGGAAUAAAAAAACUUUAUCUAAAGCCAGUGUCAAAAUCAUCAUUCAAGACGAGCCUAUGAUGGACAUUCCUCCUCUCAGUGAGGGAGAGAAGGCCAUUCUGACAUGUUCAGCUCCUUUUCCUUGUCCUGAAACUUCUCCUAAUAUAACAUGGUGGAUCAGGAAAAGAGGGGGAAACAUCACUGAUCUAAAGGACAACAUCACUCUGAGCACCUCCGAAAGCCUUUACCUCUCAACUUUGACUCUAACUCCAACCUCUGACGAUCACAAUGCCAGUGUAGGAUGUAACAUGAGCUACGGAAGCAAAAUCAUCAGUACAAAUAGGACCCUCAACUUCACGUCUGUAAAGAAUCUAAAUCAAGUGAUGGAAGGUGACACUCUCAGACUGAACUGCACUGUUGAGAGUCACCCACCAUCAUCUGAUCCUGUACGGAGUUUCAAUGGAAACAUAGAAAUAUUCAUGAACCAAACGUCUGCUGGAUCUGUGACGAUAACCAACGUGACAAAGGAGCAUGCUGGGGUUUACAGCUGUAUGAGGACAUUUCAGAACAAGACCCUGAAUGCACUCAUCACUAUCAAUAUCCUUAGUGUUACAACUGAUUCAAAAGAGAACGAGUCCUCCAGUCCUAAAGGUAAAAACAACACACAGAAUGACAUCAGUAAUGCUACAGGUAUAAUAGAUUUCUUGAAGAACUGGGACAUCCCAAAGAUAGUCACAUUCGUGGCAGGAAUGGUGUGCUCGGCUCUCAUCUUCUCAGUGGUUUUGUGUUGUUGUGUGUCUUGCCACAGAGGCAAAAAACACAAAGUGCCAAUUACAAAUCCGGACACUGAGGUUAAUUUGGAGAUGGUGCAGACAGAUACAGCUCAGACUGGAACAAAUGAGGAAACACCUCUUCAGGGACAGCUUAAUGGUGGGAACCCAAACACGACUGGAGCGACAGACGGAGCAGAGGAGGAUGAAGCAGUCAGGAUGGAGGGAAAAGAGGUCGACUACGCCAGCAUCGACUACUCCCUUCUAAAGGACAGACCGCCUGAGGAGGAAGAGAAGGAACCAACUGACACAGACUACGCUGAGAUCAAGAAGGACAAGAUAGGAGAUGGGAAGCAAAAGGAAGUCCUUCAGGAUGGAGAUGACCAGAUUGAAACACAAGACCAGAUGGAGGGAGAGGAGACACGUUAUUCUAACUCAGAGGAGCUGAAAAUUUAAGGAACUACACUCAACAAUACGACAAUUUGUAAGAUCAUUUUUACAUAUAAAGUUCAGAUGCUUAAGAAGUAUAAAAUGUAUUUUUUUUUAGCUUUAAUGUGUAUAGCAUUUAUAGUUGGUAAUUGCAACAUAUGACACUUCAUUUGAUUAUUCUCGAACAUCUGUUUAUUUUAUUUCUUUUAUUGCGUGAAAACAUAAAUUUCCCAUUUUUUGCAAGUUAUUAUUUUUUGUUUCUAUAUGCUUUUAAUGUGCAUUUAAUGAUGCUUCUGAGCUUUCUGAAACUGUUGCAAACUAAUCUGAGUAAAUUAAAUAAAGAUGCUUUUAUUGG